AUGGUACAAGCAAAUUGGAAACAAUCAACAACAAUGGUUUCCUUGCAAUCUCCACAACCUUCAUCUUCAGUACUUUUCUUUCUUCUUCCUCUCCUGGCUCUUGUAUUUUUUUUAUCGUCCUUCCGCAGGAAACUACCCUACCCACCGGGCCCAAGGGGGUUACCUAUCAUCGGCAACAUGGCGAUGAUUGAUCAAUUAACUCAUCGUGGCUUAGCCCAAUUGGGAAAAAAAUACGGAGGAUUAUUUCAUCUCCGAAUGGGUUUGCUUCACAUUAUCGGAGUUUCGACGCCGGAGAUGGCGAGAGAGGUGUUGCAGGCCCAAGACAUUGUGUUCUCAAACAGGCCCGCUAAUGUUGCAAUAAGCUACUUGACAUAUGACCGGGCCGAUAUGGCCUUUGCUAAUUACGGUCCAUUUUGGCGUCAAAUGCGCAAGAUUUGUGUCGUGAAAGUUUUUAGCCGGAAACGGACCGAGUCAUGGGCUUCGGUUCGGGAGGAAGUUGACUCGAUGGUUCGAGCGGUCAAGGAGAAAACCGGUUCGGCGGUUAAUCUAGGAGAAAUGAUUUUUGCUUUGACGAGAAGUAUAACUUACAGGGCGGCUUUUGGGUCGGUUUCCAAGGAAGGACAGGAUGAAUUCAUGAAGAUCUUGCAGGAAUUUUCGAAGCUUUUAGGGGCUCUUGACAUUUCUGAUUUUGUUCCUUGGUUGGGUUGGGUUCAUUCUCAGGAAUUUAAUAAGAGACUUGUCAGAGCUCGAAGCUUGCUUGAUGGGUUCAUUGAUAACAUCAUCGAUGAACAUAUCGAGAAGAAGAAGAUGAUGGUGGCCAAGGGUUUUGAUGAAGAGGAAGGAGAUACAGAUAUGGUGGAUGAGUUAGUGGCUUUUUACAGCGAAGAUGCUCAGAAAGGCCAGUUUGAUGAAUCCCAAUUCGCCAUUAAACUCACUAGAGAUAACAUCAAAGGCAUUAUCAUGGACGUGAUGUUCGGAGGAACUGAAACGGUGGCGUCUGCAAUAGAAUGGACGCUAUCGGAGCUGAUAAAAAGCCCAGAAGAUCUGAAGAGAGUCCAGCGGGAACUCGCCGACGUCGUUGGCCUGAACCGGGCGGUCCAGGAAUCCGACAUGGAGAAGCUAACUUUUCUCAAAUGCGUUCUGAAGGAGACCUUGAGGCUGCACCCACCUAUCCCUCUUCUCCUCCACGAGACCUCCAAGGACUCUGUGGUUUCCGGAUACAAGAUUCCGUCCGGGUCACGGAUCAUGAUAAACGUGUGGGCAAUCGGGCGAGACGGGUCUGCGUGGGUUGACCCGGACGUUUUCCGGCCGAGCCGGUUCUUGGAGGAAGGUGCACCAGAUUUCAAAGGGUCAAAUUUUCAGUUCAUACCGUUCGGUUCGGGUCGGAGGUCGUGCCCCGGAAUGCAACUCGGGUUGUACGCGUUGGAUUUAACGGUGGCGCAUCUUCUUCACUGCUUCAACUGGGAGUUACCUGACGGACAGAAGCCGAGUGAGCUGAACAUGGAUGACGUUUUUGGACUCACUGCGCCCAGAGCGAGUCAACUCGUGGCCGUACCGAGUUAUCGUCUGAGUUGUCCCUAG